GCUGCAGCCUUCCUCCCCCCGAAGCUCGCCUCGGGAAGGGUAGGCCUAUUCUGAGGCUUGGCGGGAAAAGGACAGAGGGAGGGAUCGAACCCUACCGAUAUAAAAGCCGGCUUAUCGGACUCGCUGUAGUAAUUCCAGCGAGAGGCAGAGGGAGUGAGCGGGCGGACUGAGUGAGCCAAGCCAGCCGGACGAGCCGCGGCGCUCGCUCUCCGGGGUAAGGAGAUCCGGAGUGAUAGGGGGCUUUGCCUCUGGCCCAGCCGCCUCCUCCCGACCCUUCCCGCCGACCCUGCCCGAGAUCCGCAACCCUCGCCGCAUCCACGAAACUUUGCCCAUUGCAGCGGGCGGGCACUUUCCCCUGGAACUUACAACACCCGACGAGAACGCGACUCUCCAGAGGCGGAGAGGAUCUUCUGCCUAUUUGGGGAGACACUUCUCUCCGCGUUGCCUACGACCCGCUCCUCCGAAAGGCGAUCCGUGCCCCUCUUGAGACGCUGCAUUUCCUUCGGGUAGUGGGAAACCCGCAGGCUGCCGCGAUGCCCCUCAACGUCAGCUUCGCCAACAGGAACUAUGACCUCGACUACGACUCCGUGCAGCCCUAUUUCUUCUGCGAUGAAGAAGAGAACUUCUACCACCAGCAGCAGCAGAGCGAGCUGCAGCCGCCGGCGCCCAGCGAAGAUAUCUGGAAGAAAUUCGAGCUGCUGCCCACCCCGCCCCUGUCUCCGAGCCGCCGCUCGGGACUUUGCUCGCCCUCCUAUGUCGCGUUCGCGUCCUUCUCACCCAGGGAUGUUGACGACGGCGGUGGCGGCAGCUUUUCCACCGCAGAUCAGUUGGAGAUGGUGACCGAGCUGCUGGGGGGAGACAUGGUGAACCAGAGCUUCAUCUGCGACCCGGACGACGAGACCUUCAUCAAAAACAUCAUCAUCCAGGAUUGUAUGUGGAGCGGCUUCUCGGCCGCCGCCAAGCUUGUCUCCGAGAAGCUGGCCUCGUACCAGGCAGCGCGCAAAGACGGCGGCGGCCGGAGCCCCGCCCGAGGGCAAGGCGCCUGCUCCACCUCCAGCCUGUACCUGCAGGACCUGAGCGCCGCAGCCUCCGAAUGCAUCGACCCCUCCGUGGUCUUCCCCUACCCGCUCAACGACAGCAGUUCGCCCAAGCCCUGCGCCUCCCCCGACUCCACCGCCUUCUCCCCGUCCUCGGACUCUCUGCUCUCCUCGGCCACCUCCUCCCCAAGGGGCAGCCCCGAGCCCCUGGCACUCCACGAGGACACACCACCCACCACCAGCAGUGACUCCGAGGAAGAACAGGAGGAUGAGGAAGAAAUUGAUGUUGUUUCUGUGGAAAAGAGGCAGCCCCCUGCCAAAAGGUCAGAAUCGGGGUCACCAUCUGCCGGAAGUCACAGCAAACCUCCUCACAGCCCACUGGUCCUUAAGAGAUGCCAUGUGUCCACUCAUCAGCACAAUUACGCAGCGCCCCCCUCCACUAGGAAGGACUAUCCUCCCACCAAGAGGGCUAAGUUGGACAGUGGCCGAGUCCUGAAACAGAUCAGCAACAACCGCAAGUGCGCCAGCCCCAGGUCCUCCGACUCGGAGGAGAAUGACAAGAGGCGGACGCACAACGUCUUGGAGCGCCAGAGGAGAAACGAGCUGAAGCGCAGCUUCUUUGCCCUGCGCGACCAGAUCCCUGAGUUGGAAAACAAUGAAAAGGCCCCCAAGGUAGUUAUCCUUAAAAAAGCUACCGCAUACAUCCUGGCCAUCCAAGCAGAGGAGCAGAAGCUCAUUUCAGAAAAGGACUUAUUGCGAAAACGACGAGAACAGUUGAAACACAAACUUGAACAGCUACGGAACUCUUCUUGUGCAUAAAAGUUGACCUAUUGGAGGGAGGAACUGGAAUCACUCCUGACUUCACUUGUUACUAAGGGAAAGGGGAAAGGUUCCUUCCGACAUAACUGCAGAAUUCAUGGUCAAGUGCAACCGCACAACCAUGGCUGAAUCUUAAGACUGAAAGGUUCAGCCAUAAUGUAAACUGCCUCAAAAUGGACUUUUAGGCAUAAAAGAACGUUUUUUAUGCUUGCCAUCCUUUUCUUUUUUUCCUUUAACAAAUGUGUAUUUAAGAAUUGUUUUUUAAGAAAUCUUUUUGCUGUGUAAAUAUAGCCAUUAAAUGUAAAUAACUUUAAUAAAACGUUUAUAGCAGUUAUAC